AUGAGCUCGUCAAUAGAGACGGAGAUAUUGAACAAAUACAAUCUCACGACGCUGUACCCCGCAGUAUGGCCCGAGGAGAAGGAUGCUGCCGAUGAAGACGAGGAGUAUGUCGAACCAGCGACCAAAGUCACCCAGAAACCUGUUCGCCGAUCGCAGUCGCGCUUCUCUAUACUAGAACCCAGCCCCCGAUUCUCGCGGCAGAUUCCCGGAGCAGAGCGGUCCAAGGAUGGCGUGGAGACGCUGGUGCAGAAGGAUGAACAGGACCCGUUGGGCAUGUAUCCCAGUGUAGUGCAGGUGCUGCGAGCCAAGAACGUGCAGGUCGAGGAUGAUAUCAAGCUGCGCAACCGCUUCCUCUUGAGCUCCACUACCUUCUCGCCCUCCCUCUUCCUCUCCCAAGUCCACAAUGAAGCCUCUACAGAUGCCCUUCUCUCCGGCCUUGACUUCCUCUCUCGCUCUAUUGAGAAGAAGUCAGCCUCACUCAAGGUUCUUGUCGAGUCCAACUUUGAUCGUUUUGUAGGCGCAAAGGCUACCAUUGACCGCGUAUACAACGAGAUGCGCGCCCAAGGGAAAGACCAGUCGGAGUCGCUCAGUGCCCCGCCACAAGGUCGCGCAAGAAGCCGUUCCAGCUUCUCUGGUCGCAAGUCGAGCGCGAACCUCUCAUCAGGCAUGAUCGACGCCGUGCCCGCGGAAAAGAGGAAGAAUGCCUUGGUCAAGGAAAGCGAAUAUGGUGUGCAAGGCAUCAAGGUCCCGCUGACUGAAGUUGCUGUCAAAGCAGAGGAGGUGUGGGGUCCUGCGCUAAAUGGCCGAGAAAGAGAGGAGACACUCAAGUCCAUAUUAGAAUCUGUGGAACACCAUCGCGGCAUGUUUGAGGUUGGGUCCGCUAUAGAGGAGGCAAUACGCCACAAAGAUCACGAGACAAUUGUAGAGGAAUACAAGCGCGCGCGCAAGUAUGCAGAAGAAGCCCGGUACAUUACGGAACAAGCGACUUCUGCACAGACACCACUCACCGACGCCGAGAUACACCAGGUCAUUGUUACAGCAAGAAUGUGGUCGGAUGUGGAGCGACAGAUUGAAAGGUUUAAGCGAGAUUCGUGGAAACGCCUUACGGCGACGCACUUCACAAACCUGCAAACUGGAAGUGAAGAAACCAAGUCGGACGAGUACCUGGGCAUCAUUUCAAUCUUGCUCGAACUGGGUGUUGAGGAAAAUCCAAUCUGGGCAUGGCUAAUCUCACGAUAUGAGCACCUCAAACUGCACAUCAACUCUACCUGUCAGCGUUCAGUCGUUGAAAUCGAGAUCCUUCGCCGCCAUUUGGUUCACGGUGAAAAGCCGAGCCUACGUUUACUGCAAAAACAUUUACGUUCGGUUCCGACUAGCAGCAAUAUCAGUGCUGAACCAUCGAAGUUGGACACUCCUAAAGUGAUCGAAUUUUGGGAGCAUGUGUAUGCUUUGAUGAACACCCUUCUCUCCACAAAAGGCGGGUUGUUAGGGGAGCUUAUCGAAUACUGGGAGAUUGCUCAAUCUUUCCUCUCUGGACGCGCGCAGAGGAAUUUGCCCACAGGUCAUCACGGCCAGUCAUCUGUACAUCAUCGACUGAGUAGCGAAAACAAAGCCGAGCUGGAGAGGGGCACCACGGAGCUCAUUGGUAUUCUCCGAGAUCAUCUGUUUUCAUUCUUUUCAGACCCACCUAUCGAGGAUGUGUCACUUCUCUUCUCGCCAUUACCACCAACAACCCCUACACCGACAACACCUGGAACACCAAGAAGCGGUAUUCUGAGUCCUACAUCAGCGACCCGGUCACGAUUUGAUCUCAGCAAAGUGCCACCACCAUCACCCAGUCGAGGUGAAACAUGGGAGAAGUAUGCCUUCUGGCCUCCCCACUCUAAUGCUCUCUCGGGGUCCCAUUAUCUCUCCAAGACUCUUGUUCUGAUUGGCACUGCGGCCAAUGAGUUGGCGUCAUUACAAGUACCAGAGCCUGGAGGCAGUGGGCGCGUUGAUGAAUCCUUGCGUCUACUGCUGGGUGGAGUGCGUGAGCGCUCUGUGCAGGCUGUAUGUGCAGCCUGGAAUACCGAUGCAGAGAAACUCAAAGUGCUUGAGGACUGGACCCGCCAUGUUGAUCGCAAGGAUGUUACAAAUUUGCCUCAGCGCUUCCUAGCAGUACAGAGUUUCCUGCUGAAUAAUCUUCAGAAGAUACUCUAUGUCGAGGCAUCGAGCAAGACCAAGAUUGAUGUGGUCGUACCGCCGAGCAACAAACUGCUGCAGAUGGUCAGAAGCCAGUUCGUGACGAGCUUGUACAGAACACUGAGCGGUAUGGUUGAAUGUGCCGAAAGAGGCAGAAAGGCACUUGGCGACGAAUUCGAGGUCAAGAGCGAUGACCUUACCAUUGACGAGCAGGAAGACCAUACUGGAAAUGAGUGGGGCAGAGUCGAUGCCAACAAAAAGUCUAUUCGACUCCUCUUGACCCUCGCCAACAUGUCCGCCUUCCAAUCAGAAAUAACACCAACCCUUCUCAACCUGUUCGAAACCCUCUUCAGCGUUCAACUCACCGACGAAACAAACCGCAUCCGCGACGUCCUCUCCCAACUCGACUCGCAACUCUUCCGUUCCUACACCAAACCCCACGCCACAAAAAUAAACUCAACAAUCCAAUCCGGCAUCUUCUCCCCAGCCUGGGCUCCCCCUCCCGGCCCAACCCAAAAAUCCGUCGCAGACCGCGACCCAAGCCCUUACGUCUUCUCCGUCCUCCUCGACCUCGUAAUCGUGCACACGGAAUCCAGCACCACCUCCGCCCCUCUCACUCCGCGCAUCCUGCGCUCCCUCUUCGAAUCCACCACCGCCUCCCUGAUCCAAACAUUCCAGUCCGACAACAUUCCCGCCAUCUCCCUCCCGCAACUCAUGCAAGCAACCCUCGAUGUGGAGUUCAUGGCGCAAACGCUGUCAGCGUAUACGACCGAGCAGGCAUCCCAGAUUCAGACGGAUAUUUAUCAGGUCCUUGAUCAAAAGACGGAUAAUGCGGCCAGAGUCAAGUUGCAGGAUGAGCUUGGUAAUUUGAGGACGGUGCUGAAGAGGUUGAGGGAGGGGACGAAGGUCCAGUUUGCGUGUUUUAGAAGGGUUAAGAGGGCUAAUACGGGGCAGAUGGCUGGGCCGGGUGGGGGUGGGGAGGAGGAUAGGGGGAGGCGGUAA